AUGGCUGCUACUUUUGAUACUUCUUACAAUUACCAGACCCCUGUAAUUUCUCCUCCUCAACAGGCCGGUCACUGGUUCCCGGCCUGGAGACCAGACGUCCUCGAUGAUCCAUCCGACGCACGCACCAUUGACCAGCCCAUGGAUGCUGCUGUAAAUGGCGAAACCUCUACAAGCAUACACACGCGAGACUCGCUACUAAAGGCUGUGAAAAAGCCGACCGAACCGCAACUUUCGUCCGAAAGUGGCAUCUUUUCUCCAGAGCAGGAAGCAACCCCGUCGUGGAAUUCGCACCUUUCACCCACUACCGGACUGGGAGAUGAAUUGCUCGACGACGACGACGACGAGCGACUUGAUCCUGCAUGGGGUAUAAAACGAACGGACUCGGCCCAAAUCCUCCAGACGGUGGCACGGUCAACCACUUUCCCCGAUUUUGGAUUGCCAACACCCACCACCUCCGCCUCGCCUAGCAUUUUCCCGGCUGCGUUGGCGAACCCGCAAAAUGAAGCCGAAGAAACAGACGUGCCCUCCACCUCACGACAAGGGGACGUACCAAUACCGGAGCCCAUCCAGUCGUCUUGGUCGCAUGAUCAGCAGGACUCUGUCCAAGAACCGUUCCCGUGGACGAGCUCCGAACACUCUAAUUUAGAGGACGAGCUGAAUCAGCGCUUCGACGAAGGAGUCCCCUUGAUUCAGGCACAUAGCUUGGAAGAAUACCCAGUAGAACCAGCACCAGAACCUCCUUGGAGCUCCAUAGCCGCGCAAGACCAAGAAGAGGCUGGCUUCUUUACCAACCUGGAUAACUCUACUUCCGGGGCAAAGUUGCCCCGGCCGCUGAACAGGAAAUCAACCGCUCAAGUGCUGGAUUCGCUGGAGUUUGAAAAGCCGGAGAAAACAGAUUCUCCGGCUAUAAUGGAGCAAAAUGAGUCUUCCUUCUUUGAUGAGCUCAGCAACAACCCAGCUGAUGCAAGCACUGAUUCUGGACCCCACCUCGUGGAGGAUGUCGAUGCUCUGUGGAAAGCUGCCCUCGAGGAUGAUGAGUUUCUCAUUGAAGAUGCUGAUGAUCUUCUACCUGAUUCCGAGCCAGGGUCCCCUUCGUCAUUUAUUGCUUCGCUACAGCGUGAUAGUUUGGCUACAGUGCCAGAGAACCAGUCCAUGCCAUCGAGUGCUCAGCAAGCCCAACAAUCCUCGCCUCGCGGACAAACUUCGUUUACUCCAUACGCACCACAUCAACCUACGGUUUCGGACAUGCUGCAACUCUCGCCUGGUUCGACAACGCACAACAGCAUUGGUCUGAAUCGUCCUGGCCUUCCCCAACACACACUUUUCGGUGCUCAAAAUCAACCAAGACCAGCCGCACCACAGCAGAUGAAGAGUUUUGUUGACCAGGCCAAAGAUGGUUACAAGUCGCCAUACGACCUUCCAAUGGACAUCACGAAGUCAAGAAAACGAGCAGCUGCUCCACAACCUGUUCAGCCUACCAAGACACUUCCUCCACCCCGAAGCAGUAGUUUGUCUGAAAAACCUCUUCGGUCCCCGUUUAAUCCACCUCGUCAAAAUUCAUCCACGAAUCCCACAUCAGCGUCAUCGUCAGCGGCACCAGUACCCCCUCGAAGUGUUUCAGCCUUCAGUCCCGCAGCUGGGCUACCCGCCACACAUAAAGCGAGCGGAUCGGCAAGUUUUUUUGAGGAGCUGCCAGCUGUCUCGAGACCGCGGCCUGCAAGUACCCAUGGCCGCUACACGCCUCAACAAAUGGUCUCGUCACCCCCGCAGCUUCCUCCGAGCCCACCAUACAACAGUACUACUAUCCAGGAGCCACUGCGUGUAUCAGAUCCUUAUGCCCAAUUCCAGCUACAACCGCCCGAACGUCUAGAUCCUUACGCUCAUGUUGCUCUACAACCCCCUGUGCCUGCACCUUCCAUCUCGAAUGCUCGCUAUUCACCCGCCCCAGUUACAAAUCAGAGCGGCGCAAGGUCAGGUCCUUCCCCUCGGUACUCCCCGGCACCUCCACCUCAACCUAUCUCGGCGAAUCAAGGCAAUAAGUAUGCUUCACAACCGGCUCCUGCUUCGCAGCCGGCUCCUGCUACACAAAUGCAGGCUGCACCGUCGCCAUUGAGUAGAUAUGUCUCUCAGCCACCCCCAAGUUCUUUACCGCCUUCCAACAUUCUUCCUUUUCAGCCUCGUACCUCGAGUCCUUUGGCAGUUCACAAAAGGUCCACAGAUGAGACAGCAGCAGCCAUAAUUGGCUCCGUUGCGCCCACCGCGAGACCUGGACCUGCCCCUCGACAAGCUUCUCACAACGUCAAUUUUGAUGCUCAAGCGGGUGUGAGACCAGAAGGUAUCAGUAUUCCAUCUUCUUCCCCAUUGACUUCCCCGGCAAAGAGACAAGUCGUCGAGAAUCUCCCACCUCCCCGCAGGUCACAAACCCAAUCUCCGUCGAAACAGCGGCCACAACCGUCGUUCUCAAACUUGGUCAGCGAUUUUCCAAAUCGCCCCGCUUCAGCUUAUGGCCAGUCUUCGCCUAGCAAGUCUUUUGCACAGAUGGAUUCUCUUCCACCAACUAGGCCAAAGGCCCUUACCAAGGCCUCAGCACCAGAAUUAGAUUUUGUACUGCCCGCCGAUGACACCCAGUUCGACCCGUUAGAACGUUGGAAAGGCGCACCCCUGAUAACUUUUGGUUUCGCUGGCACUCUAGUGACCUCAUUUCCAAGACACACUCCAAGGUAUACAGCUGGAUCUACAAAGCCUCAAAUCAAAUCGUCCUCAGGGGAGAUGGCUAUUCGCCAAUUGAAAGAUUUUGUUCCUCAGAAUGAGCUUGUCAACAGCUUCCCGGGGCCAUUGCGAUCGAAGGCAAAGAAAAAGGAAGUCCUUUCCUGGAUGGUCGCCUACAUUUCUGGAUUAGAGUCUUCUUUGCCUGAAGUUGUCCCACAGCAAUCGCUCACAGAUUCACGCAGGCGCCACCACGAGAAGAUUCUUCUUUGGAAAAUUGUUCGCGCACUUGUAGAAAACGACGGUAUGCUAGAAGGCCCCGCUCUCAAGGCAGUGAACAUCAUUUUGUCCCCCGAAGUUCACGCAUUGGACGACACGACUGCAAGCCGGUAUCGGGUUGAUGAGCAACUCACCGGGAUAUAUCGUCCAGCAGGCGCCACCGCACGCACAGAUUCCAUGGACCCUCUUGCUGUAGAAAUUCUACGAAAGCACCUAGUUGGUGGCGAUCGACAAGCAGCAGUUACUCAUGCUAUGGAUAGUCGACUGUGGUCACAUGCCUUGAUCAUAUCCUCAACAAUGGAUCGUUCUAUGUGGAGCCAGGUGGUCCGGGAGUUCGUUCGACAGGAAGUGAAAACAAUCGGAAACAACGCGGAGUCCUUGUCUGCUCUGUAUGAAAUCUUUGGGGGCAAUCUUGAGGAAAGUAUGGAUGAGCUUGUCCCGCCAUCAGCUCGUGCUGGACUGCAAAUGGUGAGCAGGGCGGACACCUUGGGCCCCGCCAAAAACGCCUUGGAUGGAUUAAACCAUUGGAAAGAGACCUUGAGCCUCAUUCUCAACAACAGGGCACCUGGCGACUACCAAGCCCUGGCAGUCCUUGGUAAGCUACUUGAAGACUAUCAGCGAAUUGAGGCAGCACAUAUCUGUUAUCUCUUUUCGAGGUGCCCUACCAACACAGUCAUCAUGGGUGGCAUCGAUGAUGACCAAGCCCCUAUCGUAUUGCUAGGUGCCGACCACAGGGCUCACCGGACUGACUUUACUCGGAACCAAGAAGCAGUCAUUUUGACUGAAGUCUAUGAAUUUGCCACCAAUGUACUCAGCGCAGGAUCUGUUCCUGCAACAUUGCCACAUCUGUCCGUAUUUAAACUCCAGAAAGCUGGUGUUCUGGCCGAGAAUGGAAUGAAAGCAGAGGCUCAAGCGUAUUGUGAGGCAAUAGCCUCGACACUCAAAUCUAGCACCAAGCUAUCACCCUACUAUCAUCCAUUAUUCCUGGGACAAUUGGACGAUUUGUCUGCGCGACUCAAACAGACUCCUAUACAAAGCUCAUCGUCUUGGAUUGGGAAGCCAAGCCUCGAAAAGGUGUCUGGAUCCGUAUGGAACAAGUUCACGACUUUCGUUGCAGGUGAUGACAGUGACGCCGAAUCAAAAGGAUCUACAAAAGAUGCGACUGAGGCAGGCCCAUUUGCCAAUGUAUCGGGUACUCCAUCUUUGAGCAGAAACGGCUCUCAGUCUGACCUGUAUGGCUCGUACCCAUUAGCAUCACCUCCAGCUGUAUCCAACACAAUCGCAGGAUCGAGAUACGCACCAAAUGGGCUUAACUCUGCACGAUCCUCUUCAGAAUUGACCCGAGGUCGGCCAUCCCUAGAUUCACAAAGAUCGCCUCCUUCAACCUCACAUGCACCAACUAGCCGACAAUAUGAGCCUGUAAAUAUGCUACACCAAACCCAAAUAGCUCAGCCUUUAACUCCUUAUCACGCGCUUGCCGCAGCUUCUCCGCCUACCAGUUAUCCUCAGAGUCCGCCACGGUCGUCUUAUCUGCCAAAUAAUAUAAGCCAGCCCCUCCAGGACACAACUCCUCUAGUACAUCACGAACCUUAUGCGACAACCCCACCAGCUGAGGAUGUCAUCUCCCACGUUUAUAGGUACACACCACAGCUACAAUCUGGUCACGAGCAUUCGCAAAGAGACCAGAUUCAUUACGGAGAGUAUAAGCAUUCAGAUCAACAAAUUUCACUAACGCAAGACGAAACAGCCAAUGCAGGCUAUGAAGCCCCAGCACAAUCCUACGGCUAUGUACCUCCUGCUGAGAAUGGGUAUGUGCCCUAUGUCCCGGAGCCCGAUUCACCAGAAGAGUCAAAGUCCAAGAAAAAGUCCUUCAUGAAUGACGAAGACGAUGAUUUUCCACGGGCAUCAUUCCGGCCUACACCACCAGACCCGCAGGUAUCCCCAGACGAAGAUACUGCUGCACGCAAGCGUGCCAAUGACGAUGCUGCCGAUGCUGCCUUCCGCGCUGCCGCUGAAGCAGACGCAGCUCGCGAGAAAGAAAAGACCCAAGCAAAGCGAUCGUCCUCAUGGUUUGGAGGCUGGCUGGGCGGCAAGAAGGCUCCCGAAGGCCUUGAUUCAGGUUCAAGUAAAGGAGCCGAAGCCAAAGUGUAUAGAGCAAAUUUGGGAGAGUCAAAGAUGAAGCUAUACUAUGACAAGGACCUUGGCAAGUGGGUGAACCCGGACAAUCCGGACGCAGGGCAGAAGACGGCAACACCUCCGCCUCCAAGAAUGGGCGGUACACCCGCUCCUCCCAGUGGUCCUCCCAAAGGUUCGGGGCUUGGACAUGUCACUAGUUCCAGUUUGCCAAAUGUGAACAUGCCGCCACCAUCUUUACCAGGUAGCAGGGUAGGUACUCCUGCCAAUGGACCCGCAUUGGGACUCCCACUCGCCCCUGGAUCAGCUGGUCUUUCUGGACCACCGAGUGCUGCCAGUACGCCUCCUCUUGGGGUCGCACCAACAUCCAAUCCCGGUCUUGUGCCGCCACCUAGGCCAGGAUCGCGUCCAGGGACUGCAAUGAGUAAUGCUAGCAGUAUCGAUGAUCUCAUUGGGCCAGCAGGGGCGCGAAAGAGCACCAAAGGAGCGAAAAAAGCAAAGGGUCGUUAUGUUGAUGUCAUGGCCAAAUGA